CAUGUCCUUAGGAUAUGAAGAUCAGGAUAACCUUUUAGAGGAUGCUCAAGAUUUAAAAUUUGGUCUGCAAUCCUAUAACGAAAGGGAUGAUUGUCGCGCUGGCAGAUCGAUUAUUAACAAAAGCGAAAUUGAUACUUGUAUUCCACGCUUACAGAAAGAGGGUAAUCACCUAUUUAAAACUGGAGAUAACGAAGGAGCUAUUCUUAAAUAUGAAAAAGCUAUUGAUAUACUCGAAGAGUUAACACUUAGAGAAAAACCUCGAGGUGAAGAGUGGAAUAGAUUAGAUAAUAUGAAAAUUCCAUUUUUCCUAAGUUUAGCCCAGUGCGAAUUAAAUUUAUUAAACUAUAACAAAGCUAUAUCAUGGUCAACCGAAGUGAUCGAAAGGGAUUGCAAUAAUGCUAAAGCAUUUUUUCGCCGUGCAAAAGCACAUGUUGGGGCUUGGAAUUCAGUUCUAGCUAAAUUAGACUUUAAUAAGGCUUUCAGCCUUGAUAAUAAUAUAUCAACAACCGUUAAUAAUCAAUUAACGCUAAUGGAUAAAGCACAAAAUGGAAAAAUGCCAAAAAAUUGA